AUGGGAUCACAUGCGUUUCCGCCCCUUCCAACAGGUCUUCGUGGCCGCCAGUCGCGACAGAAACGAAGGAAGAACGGUCCGCGCGGACGGGGAGAGAGAGAGAAAGAGCGUGGCAAAACAUGGGCCAGAGAGCGUUGCGUGUUGCGUUGCGUCGCCCCUGCGCAGCUCUCUCUUUCCCGCCCCGGCGCCACUUUUCCUAUCUGCUUGGCCGCUGUGGCGGAUUCAAUCGAGUUGAGUCGAUGUGUGCCUGCGGCUGCCCCCCAUCGCCGUCUCUUUUUCUUCGUUUCUCUCUCCCCUAGAGCGUUCCAUCUCCUUCUGAUUAUUGGCGAGGCGCCUUUUUUUCCCACACCGUCGCCACGAGCACUUCAUUUUUUGACACUUUUGUCCUCGUCCUCUUCAAAUACAGCUCGAUCCGUUCCGUUUUGA